AAGGGAUAUUCGAAUCUCGGAACUAUCUGCCUGAAGAAGACCUGAAAUAACAGUCGAAAACAAUAUUUGAAAGAAUUGAUGAAGAAAAUAUGUCCAUAUCAAAAUUUUACGAACGUCGUGAGGUAUUUGUAACGGGAGUAACGGGAUCUUUGGGAAAGGUUCUUUUAGAGAAAUUGCUAAGGUCCUGCAAUAAUGAAAAGAUUUACGUUUUAAUCAGAAGCAAGAAAGGAAUGCCAGCGGAAAAGAGGAAGAUGGAAUUGUUUCGUUCUAAAAUUUUCGAAAAUGUUUUACUGAAAAAUCCGGAAAUUACGAAUAAAGUUGAAUGCAUCGAAGGGGACCUCACUCGUGAGAACUUGGGAAUUUCUUCUCUCCAUAUGAAUUUGAUAACGAAGAAUGUUUCGGUAGUGUUUCACUUGGCCGCUUCGGUUAAAUUCGAUGAACCUUUUCGAGACUCGUUCGUCAAUAACGUAGAAACGACAAAAAAUGUAGUAGAAGUUUGUCGUCGAAUGAAAAAUUUAGUGGCAUUCGUACACGCAUCUACCGCUUAUUCUUUCUGUGACAGAAAGGAAGUGGAUGAAAAAAUCUAUACAAUGGCCAGAAGUUUCGAGGAAUUUAAGAACAUUGCAAAUGUAGAGAAUAAUGCUUCGGUAGAAAUAACGGAAGAAAAUCUUUUGGAAAAUCGACCCAAUACUUAUACUUUAACAAAGGCCAUAACAGAAAAUUAUUUAAAUAAUUUCUGUAGAGAUUUGCCUAUAGUAAUCGUAAGACCUUCUGCUGUUGGUUGCACUUGGAAAGAACCUUUUUCCGGAUGGAACGAUGGCAAUAGUGGAACAGAUUACGUAGCCGCAAUUGGAUUGAAAGGAAUACUUCGAAGCGCGAUGUGUGACGAAGCGAAAAUUUUUGAUUUCGUUCCAUCGGAUGCAGUGGUUAAUUUGAUGUUGGCUGCUGCUUGGAGAAAGUCAAUAAUGCCUCAUCAAAGAGAAGACGAAAUUGCAGUUUACAAUUGCACUACAGGUUCCAUAAAUCCUUUCACUAUGCAACAGUUUUUCAAAUAUAUGAAUAUUCAUUAUUGGAAACAUCCCUCGGAGAACACAUUUUUAUAUCCAACGAAUAUACCCAAGAAGAAUUAUUAUUGGAAUCGUGUAUGCAUUAUGAUGCAACAUCAACUUCCUGCAAUGCUAGCCGAUGUAUUACGAGUUGCUAUUGGCAGGAAGCCAAAGAUGAUGAAAGUCUACGAUAAAGUUCGUAAUAAAAUAAGCAUGAUGGAAUACUUUUCUACUAGAGAUUGGAAGUUUAGUACUAGAAACGUUCAGGAAUUGCUGGAAAGGAUGUCGACGAAAGAUAAACAGGUAAUAUGAGCAGAAUUCCACCAAAAAGACAAAAGUUAAACAAUAAUAAAUCGGAUAUGGUAAGUCCAAUG